AGAGGGCUAAAAAGGCCAGCAAAACCCUAACCCUAAUCAGCCCUCCAGCAAUUCCCACCCCAAAUCCCAAUCCGCUCAAACCCUACCUCUGACCUCCCUCCCUCCUCCCCUCCCCUCUCCGCCGCCGCGAUGGCAGGCUCCUCCGGCGCCGCCACCGCCACCGCUUCUCCCCGCAACCAGCACCACAAGAACGACCGCUUCUACUACCCUCCCCACCGCCGCCAGCACCAGCAGGACCAGCAGGGCCUGCAGAGCCGCCGGCCCCCGUCCUCGCCCUCCGUCUCCCCGUCGCCCUCCCCGCGGCGGAAGGCGGCUGCGGCUGCGGCGGUGGUGGCUUCUGAGUCCGUUGACGCGGACGGCCGGGCCGAUUCCGAUGACUCCUCGUCGACCUCGUCCAAGUCCGAGGUGACCGACGUGAUUGUCUCGUCGCCGCCCGCGGCCGCGGAGGAGUCCGGGAAUCUGGACCGGUUCCUCGCGUCCACCACGCCCUCUGUCCCCGUCCGCUGCUCGUCCCAGACAAGCUUGAGGAUGCGGAGGAGUGGUGAUGACAUGGAUUCACCUCCUUACUUCCGCCUUGAUGAUCUCUGGGAGUCUUUCAGGGAGUGGAGUGCUUAUGGAGCUGGUGUUCCCCUGGUGCUAAAUGGCGGUGAAUCUGUGAUACAAUAUUAUGUCCCAUAUCUCUCAGCUAUCCAACUGUAUGCUGAUCCAUCUAGACCUGAUGCAAGUGCCAGGCAUCAUGAGGGUGGAAGUGAUGAUGACUCUACGGAUACUAGCAGUGAGAGUAGCACUGAAACUGAUAUUCACCGAUUAAGAGUCUCAUCGACACAUCGGUUGGAAAAUGGUGGCUUACGAAGUGAUGAUGGCGAACCUUAUGCAUCUGCAAGUUUUCCAGUAUUUGAGCAUCUGGAGAGAGAUCCUCCUUAUGGUAGAGAACCUUUAACAGACAAGGUGUCAGUUCUUGCUGGUAGAUUUCCAGCUCUCAAGACAUUCAGAAGCUGUGAUUUGCUGCCAUCCAGUUGGAUGUCUGUUGCAUGGUAUCCCAUAUAUAGAAUCCCAACAGGACCAACAUUGAAGGACCUUGACGCGUGCUUCUUGACAUUCCAUUGCCUAGCAACACCUUCCAAGGAUAGCCAUCCCACUACACCAGCAUGCCCUGGUUUUGAGGGAAUCAACCACUUCACCAGUUCAAUGGGCAAACUUCCAUUGCCUGCGUUUGGAUUGGCAUCUUACAAGCUUCGCAGCUCCCUAUGGGCAUCUAAUGGUGCCCCAGAACAGGAAAGCGUCACCUCACUGAUGCAGGAGGCUGACAAUUGGCUUCGCUGCAUACAAGUGGACCACCCGGAUUUCCGGUUCUUCGUCUCCCACUUUGGUGCGGCGUGGAGAUGAGUUGUAGAUGUAUGUAAUAGUUAAUUAUAUGGAUGUUUUGCCAAAGUCUGAACCCAGCUGUGCGUUGAGCACCCCAUCUCUCUAUGGCACAUAGAGCACCCUCGGCUAAGGGGGUUGUAUCAGUUUAAAGCGUUUAACUUAACUUUUGUAGUCUCCAAUAAGUUAUCUGGUGUAGGUAAAUCUUUUUUGAGAGGGUAAAAUAUCGAAAGAAGAAUUGGAGGCUUGUAAAACUUUUGGAAAAGGAGAGAGGAAACAAAAUAAAAUAUUCCAUUUAGAGUA